GAGAUAAAAAUUGGAACUUUUAAUUUCUGUCAAAAUACUAAAUUGACAAUUUGAGAGAGAGCCUGAGUAGUUUUGUGAGAAUCCGAAAAUGGGGGUUUCGAUGUUGGAUUCCUCAUGGAGUUGCCGAUUAUCCUCCAAGGUGUCUCCUUCACCAACACAAAAACUCGCAAGCUCAUUGACAGAAAGAGUUCCAAUUUCUCUGAACUUGAGGUUUGAUCAUUCAAUUAGGGCAUAUUCGGUUCGAGCUCUAAAGUGCAGGUCCGAGGAUUUUGUUGAGAGAAGUAGCCCAUUUGAGGUUAAGAAAGAGCUAGAGAUUUGCUUCGACCUUGUACAUAGGCUCGGGAGAGGCAUUGUGUACUUAGGUUCUGCCAGAAUCCCACCAAACCAUUCACAUUAUCUGCAAGCACAAGAGUUGAGCAGAGAAGCAGCAAAUCUGUUGGACUGUACUACAUGGUCUGGAGCUGGACCAGGACUUAUGGAUGCUGUGACUAAAGGUGCUUUGGAAGCUGAGAAACCAGUUGGUGGCAUCAAAAUAGAAAAAGAAGCCGGUGAAUGGACUGCAUCGAAGUUUCAUCCUUAUCUCCCUCCUCAGAAUUACCAUACUUGCAGGUUUUUCUCGGCGAGAAAGCAUGGAUUAGUAGAUGCUGUGAUAAGAAACAGUGUCUCUGAUAAGACGGCGAUAAUUGCACUUCCAGGUGGAAUUGGCACGCUUGAUGAGAUGUUUGAGAUUUUGGCAUUGAUUCAGCUCAAAAGGAUUGGAUCUGCUUUACUGGUUCCAUUCAUUGUGAUGAAUUAUGAUUCUUUCUAUUCAAAGCUGCUUGAAUUCAUUGAGACUUGCGAAAACUUGGGAACUGUUUCUAAAGGAGAAGUUUCUGCAUUGUGGAAGGUAUGCAACAACAACUUUGAAGCUUUGACAUACUUAGCUGAAUUCUAUGACUUGCCUUACGGUUCUACAAAACUGGAAACUGAACUUAGAAAACCCGCUCGUGGAUGAUUAGUUUCUUACCUCAUUUCCGAUUUUUUUACUGUAAGAGAUCAUAUUUUUGACCAUGAACAACCAAUUUGAAGCUAUGUGGCACAUGUAGAAUAUAUAUACCAAUCAGAUUUGUUGUUAUCACUCCAAUCUUAUGUUUA